AUGGGCACCUCGCGAGGCACGGAACGCGUUUGUGUGCUCGUCACACGAGCACUCUCGCGGUCGACGCCAGAAUGCGCGCGCGCGGUGUCGUUGGACGGCGAUGUGGCCGUGUCGUCGCCUCUGAGUGCGCUGCAGAGAACGAAACGUGGGGCGUGUGUGGUGGAGGCCUUGUUGAGGCUUGCCUGUGCUGUUGCGGGCCCCGGGCUCCUCAUCGGCCGCAUUCUGCGUCCUCCGCAUUCGCAAUGGGCAGGCUUUCUGGACGCGUGA